CCAGCUCUUAUUAUACAUCCAUGACUUGAAUCAAAUACAGGAAGUGGCAUUCAGCUAACCAAUGGUGUGACCAUGGGUUAACACCAUCACUCAGUCAUGUGGCAUUCGGCUGAUCAAUGGUGUGACCAUGGGUUAACACCAUCACUCAGUCAUGUGACAUUCGGCUGAUCAAUGGUGUGACCAUGGGUUAACACCAUCACUCAGUCAUGUGACAUUCGGCUGAGCAAUGGUGUGACCAUGGGUUGACACCAUCACUCAGUCAUGUGGCAUUUGGCCAACCAAUGGUGUAACUCGGGCUGGCACCGCUGUUGCCAGGCAAAAAUCAUCUCUGUGUUUAGGACAUAGACUGUAUAAAAAUAUGGACGUAGUUGGUUUCUGAAGAACGGUUUUGAAGCUCAAAACGAGCUGCUCUGGCCGUCACCGGUUUAGGACAUGCGUAAUGCGACAUCUAGUGACGACACUUGGUGGGCUUCUUCUUUAUUCACUGACAGCAAAUUCACCGCCACUAACUGCCAACUGCUACAACGGUAAGUAACUUAUAUCUGCCUAUAAUGUGAAGUUCUUUUAAUAAACCGCCCUACACAUAAAAUAUUGAUGUAUUGUUUUUUAUAAAGGAGCUAAAAUCACGUGCAGACUGAUCUAGCGCUAGAUAUGACCCUUGAGAAUUAUGGCAGUUUACACUUUACUAACGUUAAUUUGAACUCAGCUGUGUUCAGUGAAUGUUUUAGCUAACUGUUAGCUAGUAAAAAUGAACCUAGCCGACAUACUAUUGGACACAACUUUAUGCACCUCCUCCUGAAAUCAUUCUGGGCCACAACCUGACUCUCAGCACCUCACAGCACCACCUCCACAGGUUGGCACCACAAGAUUAUUCAUUGAAUUAAAAAAUGUAUAUGUUUGUUUGGAAAAUAAUAUCUUUGUACAGAAGCAAAAAUAUUUUAAUAGUCAAUUGGAUAACUUGGUUUGGAUAACUUCAUGUGUAUCAACUAACAUAACUUAACUUGUGUUACACAGGUUCUUUAAUUAUCUGAAAACCCAGAGUUUCCCUCAUCUCAGGGUUUCUCUAAUCCUGCUUUCUGAAACAGGGCCCUGGUGAAGUACUUGAAUUGGCCACAACUACACCUGUUAUGCUACUGCUGCUUCCAUUGGUGGCUGCAGGGGCAGAAUGUUGACGGGGCGAAAUUGAGAAGAGGGAGAAGAGCAUGGGGAGAAACAUAAUGUGUGAAAAAUACAGGACAUUGUUAAGAAAAAAACGACAUUGUGUCUUAAUGGAAACUGUGCAGAUAAACCUGUAUUCACUCCAUCCAGACUGGUAGUGAAGUUUGGUGACCCAACCUCUGCCAAGUGCUUAGUUUGUCAGCACGCUUGCCUAAACAAUACAUAUGGUUUGGAAAAGUCUGUGGGGGUCCGUACAAUAAAUGGAACCACGAUUUCAUGGGAGGUUGACAGCCUGACUGAAUGGGAUAUAUCUCCCAUGUGCUAUUAUACUGGUGAUGAUAAUAACCAGUGUUGUAGCACCCUGCCUGUAACCGUCUAUCAGCCUCCAAAAAAUGUCAGUUUCAGCUUCCUAAAUCACUCUGGGUCGAUGACUGCGGGUCAUCCGUACACACUGCAGUGUCACGUCCAGGAAGUUGCUCUUGUUGGUAACCUCAAUGUGACCUUCUACAGAGGACAGACAGAACUGGGCAGACUACAGUCCAACAACACAGAAAAGACACCAGUGACUGACACCUUCACUCUGGAUAUCAACACUAGCAAAGAAGAUGAUGGAGAACAGUACUGGUGUGAAGCCAAGCUAGACCUGGGAGCUGGAGGACCACAGACUCCUCCAGUGGUGGAGUCAGGAAAACUCACAGCAACAGUCUACUAUGAGCCUCAGCUAAAGGGGUCAUCACAUCCAGAUCCGAUCACCGUCACAAAAGGAGACCAUCUACAACUGAACUGCUCUGCUGUGGGAAACCCCAGCCCCUCCUACAACUGGAUGCUCCCAUCAGCCAGUGGUUCCCCCUUCAGUGACGACAUUCUCACUAUCGAGUCUGUAACUUUGGAGCACAAGGGGCAGUACACCUGUUCUGUCCACAACAACAUCGGGACUGUCACUGUGAAGUUUAACGUGGAUGUCAAAGAGAACUACACGUACAUUAUUUUAGCUGUGGUACUAUCAGUCAUUGUUCUGGCUGCAAUUGUCUUCAUCAUUGUAUACAUCCAUCUGUACAAACACAACCGAAUGGGACGGUACAACCUGAGGGACGUUUUCCAUCUUCGCUCUCAACAUGUUGCUGUGCCUACUGGAGAGUUAAUUUGUGGGUGAAGCAUCACAGGUGUGUGGACAACCUGAAACUGUUGAUAUGUCAUAAGCUGCAGUUAGCUGUAAAGCACUGAUGUACUUAUCUUAACCCAAACUACUGUAGAAAUCACCAGAAGUCUCUAUAUCUCAUGUUUAACACAUACUUGCUGUACAUAUGGUGAAACUCAGGUUGAAGCCGACACAUUGAAAUGUUGCUCUGUUUAAAGGUUCUGUAUGUAGGAAUCAGAAAUAUCUUCUCUUUAGUGACAUCUGUGGCCGUUAAAUGAAGUGCAGUCAACAACCUGGUGCUCACGCUCGUGUGCUCGUGGCGUGAGACUGUUGUAAGUGAUCUCUUUUUCCGUGCUUACACUUCUCAUAAUUACAUAAAAGAUUUCUAACGUUGUGUUUUGGACCAUGUUCCAGCAAAGCAUCUCUCAUCAUCAGUCAGCCCCCCCCCCAACACAAAAAUGCGUUAAUUAAUCACCUGAACCUGACCCAACCCG